AACAUUGCGCUCAGCCGGCGGAGCUGCAGAAUGAACUUCCCGGACGUCUUCUGGUCGUUCCUGGCUUCGUGUUUCUUCGCCGCUUUCUGCGCGCACAAACUGUCGACGCACCUGCCGAGGAGACACGUCACGGGGCGCGCGCACGUUUUAUUUCAGGACCUCAUUCGUUACGGAAAAACCAAACAGCGCGUGCAACGGGAAUCCUGCGUGCGCGCGUUCGACGUCCCGAAGAGGUGGUUCUGGCACUUCUACGCGAUCUCAGUAGUCUGGAACGGUCUUCUUCUGGGUUUGUACCUGAACGCCACAUUUCAACAUCAGUCGUACCCGUCAUGGCUGACUGGAUUAUUAGACAUUCUGACGGAUGCACCAGCCAGUCAAGUCCCGCAGCUGUCGACCCUGCUGUUGCUGGUGCUGCUGUGCGUCCACUCCCUCCGGAGGCUGCUGGAGUGCCUGCUGGUCAGCGUCUUCUCUGACGGAGCCCUUAAUUUGAUGCAGUACGCGUUCGGCGUGUUCUACUACGUCGCCCUGGGCCUGACGGUGCUCUGCUCCGACCGUCUGGGAAGAGGGACUGGACCCCUCCUCUCUCAGCUGCACUGGUCUCAUGUGGCCGGAGGCACACUUUUCAUCGGGGCCUCCGUGAUGCAGCACCAGUCCACGGUCCUGCUGGCCGGGCUUCGCACGGGGAAGUCGGGAGCGGUGGAGACGCUGGCCCACGCGGUGCCAAAGGGCGGCUGGUUCGAGCUGGUGUCCUGCCCGCACUACCUGGCCGAGCUGUUGAUCUACGUGUCCCUGAGUCUGGUGGUCGGAGGCCUGUCGCUCACCUGGUGGCUCGUGGUCCUGUACGUGCUGUUCAACCAGGCGCUGGCAGCGCAGCUGUGCCACGACCUCUACGUCAGCAAGUACGAGUCGUACCCGAGGCACAGGAAAGCCUUCAUACCGUUUGUGCUGUGAGCACGCUUGUUGUUGUUGUUGUUGUUGUUUUGUGGAACUGUAAAAUCCAAGAACAAAAAACAAAAUGUCUGAAGGUGUGCUCUCAACCCAGUGUGAUUGUGAGGCUGCAGAAACAAUCCACAGCUCUCCAGGUGAGAGGUACGUGUAUGUAAUAAUAGCAACACAUUUUCUCUAUGAUAACAUAUCAAUUUAUCUUGUGAUAUUACACAAGAAAUGUUAUGUUUAUGAAAUAAGGCAGUUUUUUGAGGUGACUGAAUAUUUUUCAACAUGAAGCACAACGUGCCGGCUUAUCUUGUAUAACAAGCAGGUUUUGUUCAAAUAAGUGGUUGUGUCACAAUAACCAGAAAGAGAUAUAUAUUGUGACACAAGUUAUUUAGUUGGAACAAUAAAUAAAUGAAUCCAUGUGAGAAACUGGGCUUCUGUUCUCAUGUCUGCAACAACAAUAUCCUGCUGUUUUUUCAUGAAUAUUAGGAAGUUGUUUUGUGAUGCAUGUUAACGAACCACGAUAUGAUACCAUUUUUGUUAUUAAAUACUUCACUUCUACCC